GGAUGACUUCUUAAUAAUACGUGGUCAACUGAAGGUUGAAGACAGUAGCUGGAGAACUGAAAGAAAGCGAAAAUGGCGUGGAGUGCGACGAUGUUUGGAGCACUACUGGGAUUGGGGACCCAGAUGUACUCUAAUGCCCUUCGUAAACUCCCCUACAUGAGGCAUCCUUGGGAGCACGUGUUGGGUAUGGGACUGGGGGCUGUGUUUGUGAACCAGUUGUUAAAAUGGGAAGCUCAGGUUGAGAAAGACCUCGAUAAGAUGCUGGAAAAGGCCAAGGCUGCCAAUGAACGUCGUUACUUCGAUGAAGACAAUGAAUAGUGUUAAUUCAUGGCUUGUUCCGCGCUUGUUUGCAUCUUUUCUCCGUUUCUUUUCAAGGCUGUUAAAAUUUUUAGCUCCUUGUAAGCUUUGAGAUGCUUUGUUGUCUGAACAGAGUCAUGCAAUUCCUUCCAUAAUAAUUCAAGGCACUUGCAGACUUUUAUAGCCUGUAAUUUUCUUUAUUGAAUAUGAACAUAUCAAUAUAUCCUUGCAUUUGAA